UAAACAACGACAAAAAAGGGAACGGCAUUAAAUAUCGCCGUGCGAGAUCCUUCUCAGUCGCCUAUAAAAGGCCACUUCGCUCCUACCUCAGCACCAGUCUCUCCCUAAGGAGUUACAGGCAGGCGGUCAGACAGGAUGAGGGUGUUGGUGUUAACAGCUCUGAUUGUGGCAUCAGCCGCACAGAACAACUUCUUCAGGCUGCCCCAGCCCCAUUCCUACUCCUGCGUCCAGAACAAGUGCGUCAGGUUCGAAAGGUCAGAGGUCAGCGAACACCAUAGCUUCGAUUACUGCCAGCUGACUUGCGGAGAGUCUGGCAGCAUCCUGCCUAAGCCUACUGGUGAGACCCAGCUCUCCAAGGAUGUCUUCCACUUCGACCCUUACAACCUCCGGGUCACAAAGGUCGCCACCUCCAACCCCAAAGUGGCCGAGAUGCUGAAUGAAGCCACUCGCUAUUUCUUCCGCAACCUUCACUUCAUUCAUCCCGAUUUCCCUGAGAGCUAUAAGACACCUUACACCGAUGACAUGAAGGAAUUCUUCGACGAAACUGAAACGAACCCACGAGAACGGUUCAGCCAGCGCGUCAACCAGUUCAGGAUUAGACCAAAAUUCGACGAAUUCUCAAGCAACAGGAAAAAUCUGCUUAACGAGUUCAACCGAUUCCGAAAUGAGGCGACCCAGAACGAGUUCUCGAGCUCCAAGCCAAGGACCUACGAGGAGUGGGAGAGAUACAGCCCCUUCAGAAACGAGCGCUACAACCCCACAAUUGACCGACACAAUGUUAACCUGGAGUUCACCAUCACCAGCCCCGAGGAGAAGUUCUCCUUCGAAAACACCGAUGAGAGCUACAACAUGGUUGUUCAGACUCUGGAUGAUGAGACUACCAUCACCAUCCUGGCCGCCAGCUACUACGGCGCCCGUCACGCCCUCGAGACUCUGUCUCAGCUUGUUACCUACGACAAUGAGAACGGCGCUCUCAUGAUGAUCAAGAAUGCCAAGGUUCAGGAUCAGCCACAGUACAGGUACCGUGGCCUUAUGCUGGACACUGGCCGUAACUUCUACACUAAGAAUGAACUUCUAAGCCUUUUGGACUCGAUGUCUCAGAACAAGAUGAACGCCUUCCACUGGCAUAUCACAGACGCCGCCUCCUUCCCACUCUAUAGCAAUCGCCAACCUCAGAUGGCUUAUUACGGUGCUUACAGCCCAAGGAAGGUCUACCUUUCAGAGGACAUCAGUGAGAUUGUCCAGUACGGCAAGCUUCGUGGUGUUAUGGUCGUUCCUGAAUUGGACGCUCCAGCACACACAAAUGCAGGAUGGGCCUGGGGUGAGAAGGAAGGCAAGGGUACACUCGUUCUCUGCACCAACAAGGAAAGGCAAACUGACCUCCCAUGGUUCGAACUCUCCAAGGAGCCUCCAAGUGGACAGCUGAACCCAGUGAACCCAGAAGUUUACUCAGUUCUUGGAGAAGUGUACCGCGACAUGAUGGAUUACUUCGACCCCGAAAUGUUCCACAUGGGUGGAGAUGAUGUAAGCUUCAAGUGCUGGCAGAACUCUGAUGAGGUUAUAACUUACCUCGCUGAAAACAAACGUGAACCCAGCAGCCGAGAAUACUUCGAACUGUGGAACAAAUUCCAGAACAAUGCUUUCAGCAAGUUGCGCGAAGCUGCUGGAGACCGCAAGGUUACCCCCAUUAUCCACUCCUCCUCCUUUGCACGCAACUAUAUCGAUAAGGAUACCUACGUCAUCAUGCUGAACGAGGAAGCCAAUAAUUCAGUAGCCUUCGAUUAUGUUAGCAAUGGCUUCAAAGUUAUUUUCACCAACCCAGAUCAGUGGAGGCUUGACUGCGAUGCCAACUCAUGGGUUGGGGAUAAGGCUGAAGCUUGCCCACAAAUCGCACCAACCUGGCGCAACUUCUAUGAGAACAGUCCCUUGGAAAUGCUCUUCAACCUGGGCAUGACCGAUGCACGCUUUGAUCUUCCUGAAAACAGACCAACCUUUAAGGCUCCUGGACAGACAAAGGAAUCUACUUUGAGGCCUAGGGACUAUGUCUUGGGAGCUACCGCCUCCUUGUGGAGCUAUGCCACCGAUGGACAAAGCCUCCACUCUAGGAUCUGGCCCCGUCUCUCUGCCUUUGCUGAGCGCCUUUGGACUGAUCCCCUCCAUCAUUCUCUUUACGAAAUUGAUCCCCCCGAGAGAAGGAUCAAUAUCCACCGAGAGCGCAUGGUCCAGCGCGGUAUCCGAGCUGACCCACUCCAGCCUGGAAUCUGCCUCUAUGACCAAUCUACCUGCUAUGACAGACAACAGUAUGAGCUCCGCUCUGCCCUCCCAACUCAGUAAGAUGACACUUUUAGUAGAAGUUACGCUAACAUCUUGGCCCCAUCAGCUUAGCAUGUGAAUUCAUUACCUUGUAGUUGCAGCAAUGUAUAAGCUGUGGGCAGCCAAUUUGAGGAAAGGCGACCAAGAUCUCUGCCCUCACCUGAGCUGGGUGCCGCCUGCCACUUCCCUGGUGAGGUACUGGGCAUUAUGUUUCCCCAAUAGCAGAGAUCGGGACGCAAAAUUUGACGUAACUUUGCUCAUCAAUUGUGUACCGAGAAUUUCUCAUUUGUUAAACAUUAUGUAAACCUGCUCUCUCAUCUCAGCAGUAUCUGUUCACACUUUCUUAUAACCAUACUUCAUUCCCAAUGAAGAAACAAAAAAUCAACUUCAAUGCCUUUGUUUGCCAAAGGAGAAAAAAACGUGAUGUUCUUUUUUACUAUUUCAAUAAAACAACAAAAAUCCAAA